UUGUGACAUCUCUCUCUUCUCUUUUGUUUGGCUUCUUCUGCUUUGUUUUCUUCUUUGGUUUUUCGCGAUGCAUUCGGCUUCAAUCUAGAGUAAAUGUACGGUUGAUAUUGGAUUUCACCUCUUCUUUCUCUAACUUUAACCGUGAUUCUCGGUUGAGAUUAAGAGGAUCUCUUCGACCGUUUCUACGAUCUCCAGUCCAAACGGUCGGAAAUCUAUUGCUCGCUCUAUCCUUAUUGGAUUUUUACACCCGCGCGCCCGCGCACACACAGGGAGGGAAAGAGAGAGAGAGAGAUGGCUCGGAAUUCGUUGGAGAAGCUAGCAUCGAUCGAUGCCCAGCUGAGGCUUCUCGUCCCGGGAAAGGUUUCGGAAGAUGAUAAGCUUGUGGAGUACGACGCUCUUCUCUUGGAUCGCUUCCUCGACAUUCUUCAGGACUUGCAUGGGGAAGAUAUCAAGGAAACGGUUCAAGAGUGCUAUGAGCUUUCAGCUGAGUACGAGGGGAAGCAUGAUCCUCGGAAGCUGGAAGAGCUUGGUAGUGUGCUAACGAGUUUGGAUCCUGGGGAUUCUAUUGUUGUGGCUAGCUCAUUUUCACACAUGCUCAACUUGGCCAACUUGGCCGAGGAGGUUCAGAUUGCUUAUAGGCGGCGGAUUAAGCUAAAAAAGGGAGAUUUUGUUGAUGAGAAUUCUGCGACCACUGAGUCAGACAUCGAAGAGACUCUCAAGAGACUUGUAGUGCAGCUGAAGAAGUCUCCUGAAGAAGUUUUCGAUGCACUGAAGAAUCAAACCAUAGAUCUGGUCUUUACUGCACAUCCUACUCAAUCUGUCCGGAGAUCAUUGCUUCAGAAGCAUGCGAGGAUACGAAAUUGUUUGGCCCAGUUGUAUGCCAAAGACAUUACUCCUGAUGAUAAGCAAGAGCUCGACGAAGCUCUACAGAGAGAGAUUCAAGCUGCUUUCCGUACUGAUGAAAUCCGUAGAACUCCUCCAACUCCACAAGAUGAAAUGCGGGCAGGAAUGAGUUAUUUUCAUGAAACGAUCUGGAAGGGUGUCCCAAAAUUCUUACGUCGGGUUGACACAGCUUUGAAGAACAUAGGAAUAAAUGAGCGCCUCCCUUACAAUGCCCCUCUUAUUCAGUUCUCUUCUUGGAUGGGCGGGGACCGUGAUGGAAAUCCUAGAGUAACUCCAGAGGUUACAAGGGAUGUAUGCUUGUUGGCUAGAAUGAUGGCUGCAAAUCUGUACUAUUCUCAGAUUGAAGAUCUAAUGUUUGAGCUGUCUAUGUGGCGUUGCAGUGAUGAGCUUCGCGUCCGUGCAGAUGAACUACACAGAUCAACAAGGAAGGACGCAAAACAUUACAUAGAAUUCUGGAAGCAAGUCCCUCCAAAUGAACCUUACCGUGUCAUACUCGGUGAUGUGAGAGAUAAGCUAUAUACUACUCGUGAACGGUCCCGCCAUUUAUUGACCAAUGGGAUCUCUGAUAUUCCUGAGGAAGCAUCUUUCACCAAUGUUGAGCAGUUCUUGGAGCCUCUUGAGCUUUGUUACAGAUCCCUGUGCUCUUGUGGUGAUCGGUCAAUUGCUGACGGAAGCCUUCUUGAUUUUUUGCGGCAAGUUUCAACCUUUGGUCUGUCGCUUGUAAGACUCGAUAUCAGGCAAGAAUCAGAGAGGCAUACUGAUGUCAUAGAUGCUAUCACAAAGCAUCUGGACAUUGGGUCAUACCGUGAUUGGCCCGAGGAAAAACGCCAAGAAUGGUUGUUAUCUGAGCUCAGUGGCAAGCGUCCUUUAUUUGGCCCUGACCUUCCCAAAACAGAAGAAAUUGCUGAUGUUUUGGAUACAUUUCAUGUCAUUUCCGAGCUCCCCUCGGAUAACUUUGGGGCAUAUAUUAUCUCAAUGGCGACAUCCCCAUCUGAUGUGCUCGCUGUCGAACUCUUGCAGCGUGAAUGCCACGUGAAGAAGCCAUUGAGAGUUGUGCCACUGUUUGAGAAGCUUGCGGAUCUCGAUGCUGCUCCUGCAGCCCUAUCUCGAUUGUUCUCGAUUGACUGGUACAGGAACCGAAUUGAUGGAAAGCAGGAAGUUAUGAUCGGAUACUCAGAUUCUGGCAAGGAUGCCGGGCGUCUUUCUGCUGCUUGGCAGUUAUACAAAGCUCAAGAGGAGCUUAUAAAUGUUGCUAAGCAAUUUGGAGUUAAGCUGACAAUGUUUCAUGGUCGAGGUGGGACUGUUGGAAGAGGAGGUGGACCCACCCAUCUUGCCAUUUUGUCUCAGCCACCGGACACAAUCCAUGGAUCGCUCCGUGUGACGGUUCAAGGUGAAGUUAUCGAGCAAUCUUUCGGAGAGGAGCACUUGUGUUUCAGAACUCUACAAAGGUUCACAGCCGCUACUCUUGAGCAUGGGAUGCGUCCGCCAAUCUCGCCUAAGCCGGAAUGGCGUGCACUGAUGGAUGAGAUGGCUGUUGUGGCUACAGAAGAGUACCGAUCAAUUGUCUUCCAAGAAUCAAGAUUUGUUGAAUAUUUCCGCCUUGCAACACCCGAGUUGGAGUAUGGUCGGAUGAACAUUGGAAGCCGGCCUUCAAAACGGAAGCCCAGUGGGGGUAUAGAAUCACUCCGUGCAAUCCCAUGGAUCUUUGCGUGGACGCAGACAAGGUUUCACCUUCCUGUGUGGCUCGGAUUCCGGGCAGCAUUCAAGCAUAUCUUGGAGAAGGAUAUCAGGAAUCUCCAUAUGCUGCAGGAGAUGUACAACGAGUGGCCAUUUUUCAGGGUCACGAUUGACUUGGUUGAGAUGGUUUUCGCCAAGGGCGAUCCAGGCAUAGCUGCUUUGUACGACAAGCUGCUGGUGUCUGACGAUCUAUGGCCAUUCGGAGAGCACUUGAGAGCCAACUAUGAAGAAACUAAGAGUCUUCUGCUCCAGGUUGCUGGCCACAGGGAUCUUCUCGAAGGAGACCCGUACCUGAAACAGAGACUCCGACUGCGUGAUUCUUAUAUCACCACCCUUAACGUGUGCCAAGCAUACACACUGAAGCGGAUUAGGGACUCCAGUUACAAUGUGGAGUUGAGGCCCCACUUGUCAAAGGAGGCGACGGAAUCAAGCAAGCCUGCCAAUGAACUUGUUAAGCUGAAUCCGACGAGUGACUAUGCACCUGGCCUGGAGGACACCCUCAUCUUGACCAUGAAGGGUAUCGCAGCUGGCAUGCAAAACACAGGCUAAAAAUUGUUUGGUGUUUUUUUUUUUUUUUGUCUGUCCCGUUUCUUUUAGCACAUGUUAAGGAACACUUGUUUAUUGAGCUGGUUGAGAGAGGGAGACAGAAGCUCUGUUGGGUUUCUUCUCAAAUGCCUACAGCAGGAACAGUUUUCAUGCGUGGAUGGGAAAAUACAAAGGAUGAAAGUAGCUGUAGAUUGCUUAUUAUCAUGCAUUAUAUGAAUGUAUUUUGUUUUGUGUACA